AUGAAGAGGAUGUACAUUUCUAAUUUUCGAGCCGAGAGCUCGAUCAAUGUCGAGGAUGUAUCCGCAGCUUGGGCAAUAUUGCUUAAAGACUAUAUUGGAUCUUUUGACGUGUCUUUUUCUUUGGCGGGACCGAGUUUUGGGCCAUCUCAUAGAAUUGAUUUAUGUAUGGCCGAGGAGACAACGGUCAAUGAAAUAUAUCAAGAAAUAGAAAAACAACUAGCAUCUCGCGACGAGCACGACACAAAAGAAGAAGAUCUAUCUUAUCGCACUCGAUUACACAUCUAUGAUGCUAGAUCAGAAAAUUCACCUGGGAGAUUACCAGAAGAUGAAAUUUUCAGCAACGACUUGCUGGUCACAGAUGGCUCCCCAAAAGUGGAGAUGGACCUGUGGCUUGAUGUCGUUAUAUCGAAUAACGAAGGGCAUGUUUAUCUUUCUGCCCGUUCGAUGUCAACAACGUGGAGCGAGACAUAUCUUCGGAGACUCUUGAAACAGCUAGAGCACGUGAUUUGCCAAAUCCAACCACAGGAAAACAGAACCACAUUGAUAUACAACAUAGAAACCGCGACAGAAAUGGAUAGAGAGCAGAUUUUGCUAUGGAAUGCCCAUAUACCAGGCGCAGUGGAAAGUACCGCCUUGAAGAUCUUUUCCAACCACGUUACAAAAUCUCCUACUGCUCCUGCGGUAAAUGCCUGGGAUGGUGAUCUAACUUACCAAGAGCUUGACAACUUAUCGACAACCUUCGCAUACCAUCUAAUAUCCCUGGGUGUGGGCAAAGGAAAUAUUGUACCUUUAUGCUUUGAGAAAUCCAAAUGGACUGUCGUUGCCAUAUGGGCAGUCAUAAAAACGGGAGCUGCAUUUCUGUUGGUCGAUGAGGUUUUACCAGAAGAAAGACUACGACUACUUGCAAAUACUAUUUCAGAGGAAAAAAUCCUUGUCUUAUGCUCGGUCUCUCAAUAUGACAAAGCAAAAUGUUUGGACUCUAGGAUUGUUGUUGUUGAAGAAGAAUAUCUUGACAAGAAUUUGCUACGUUCUUCUACUCCAACACCGGAGUGCGCUAGCCCGUCUGAUCUCCUCUAUAUUGUCUUCACAUCUGGAACUACCGGUGUUCCCAAGGCAACAAUGAUCCAAAAUUCGAAUAUUUGUUCUUAUGUUGACGCAAUGGAAGGUCUCCAGAACCUUGAUCAUAAAUCUCGAAUACUUGCAUGGGCAUCAUAUUCAUUCGACGUUUCCUUGGCAAAUAUCUUUCUUAGCUUUCUGACAGGGUCAUGUCUUUGUAUUCCCUCAUCCUGGGAAUGCAAGAAUGACGUGGCUGGAAUCAUCCAGCGUUAUCAAAUUACUUAUGCUAUGAUGACUCCGUCUGUAAGUAAGAUGUUGCGUCCUUCAGAUUCGUCUACUCUAGAAAUACUCGAACUUUGCGGCGAGCCAUGUAGUGAGGAUGCUCUGUCAAGAUGGAGAAAAACGUGCACACGUGUUAUGAACACAUAUGGACCAGCAGAAUGCACGGUGACAGGCGUCGCAAAUGGGAAUGUUCUGCUAUCUCCCAAAUCUACGAUAAUUGGAAAGGGGUUGGGUGCGUGCUGGGUAGUGGACCCGAUUAAUCGUGACCGCCUCGCACCGGUUGGAGGAAUUGGUGAAUUGAUGUUGGAAGGCCCACUGGUUGGUAUGGGCUAUCUACACAAUUUAGAAGCUACGCAAUCAAGCUUUGUUGAGGCACCUAAGUGGAUGCAGCAACACUUCGAAAGUCUGGCGAUGGGAACCCGAGGUCGUCUAUACCGAACUGGAGAUCUGGUUCGUUAUACAGAAGACGGCAUGAUUGAUAUUGUUGGACGACGGGAUAUGCAAGUAAAGAUUCGCGGGCAGAGAGUGGAACUAGGCGAACUAUCAGCUCACUUGCAACGUAUCAUGUCACCAACUAUCCAGUGGAUUCCAGAGGUAGUGAAGCUCAACAAACGUGUCGAAUCUCUUAUUGUUUUUAUCGUUCUACCAGAAGAUCAAGGCAACAGAGCAGAACUAUCGCAAUCUGUGGUCAAUCUAUGGGACUCACUAUUGAAGAGCAAGCUACACCCGGCCAUGGUUCCGACGGCCUAUGUUCAAAUUGCUCAGAUACCACUUGGAUUGACUGGUAAGACGAACCAUCAUGAAUUGAAGAAGAUAGGGCAAUCCUUAUCCCCGAGCUCAUUCAUAUAUCCACAAACUGGGAUGUUCACUCAGCCCCAGGAAGAGUCUCUUGAACCUAUCCAUUUAGAAGGAUCUAUUGAUAAAACAAAAGAUAUCAAUGGACGCGAUUUCAUCAACGAAGAACCCAAUAUUACUGCAGAGCAAAAUAACCAUAUUAGAGUGCCCGAGAAAAGCCACCGUAUGGAAAUACUGAAGCACGUUUGGGCCGAGCUUUUUGAUACAGAUUUAGCUUCCAUGCAUCCAAAUUCCUCGUUUUUUGAAUAUGGAGGAGAUUCUCUAACAGCAAUAGAGCUUGUUGGUUUGGCCUCACGAAGAGGAAUUCAGCUUGACGUAGCUAUGAUUUUCAGACAUCCAGAACUUUCAGACUUGGCAUCAUGGAGCAGGUUCAGUGCCAAUUUGAUGCCUCAAGUGCCAGAACCAUUUUCUCUAUUGUCAAGGAGAAUAAAUCUAAAUGAAAUUGCACUGGCUUGCCAUACAUACCCGGAGAAUGUUGAGGAUGCAUAUCCUUGCACGCCGUUACAAGAGGGUCUAAUCACGUCAAGUGACUCGAAAUCAGCAAGCUAUAUCGGUAGGGCCAGUUUGCGACUACCACAAAAGAUCAGCCUCCCAAGGCUUAAGAGAGCUUGGGAAAGGGUCUUGCAAGUUCAUCCGAUCUUACGUACACGUAUCGUUGAUUUGCCGGCUGAAGGCCUUGUCCAGGUGAUCUUGAAAGAUAAUGGAGUCCCUUCUGAAAGCCAAAUCAGCAAUCCACACAGUUACGACCCGGAAAAUGAUGAUCUGAAAAUGGGACUGGGUACCAGUUUGUUUCAUUAUGCUUUUCUGCGCGACGAUAACGCAAAGUCGACUUAUCUCGUUGUGACAAUGCACCAUGCAAUCCAUGAUGGUUGGACUCUGCCUCGACUAGGCGAGGAGUUAUUCAAGGCAUACCAAGGCGUUCGGCUUGAAGAAAGUUUAAGUUUUAAUGUAUUUAUCAAAUAUAUUAGGAGCCUUCCAGAAAAACUCGCGAUGAACUUUUGGGCCGAGCAAUUUGCGGGAGGAAAGGAAACCACAAUCUUUCCCGUCGUGUCUCAGGAGCUGGGGGAUCCCUCGGCAAAGAGCUCACUGAAGUCGACAAUACGGUUACAGCGCAGUGCCAUUCAGACAAUAUCUACGCCAUCGAUUUUGAGAGCGGCCUGGGCGUUAGUCGUUUCUAAGAAUCUGGCCAGUGAGGACAUCACCUUUGGGGCUACGGUGUCAGGUCGUAAUGUUCCGAUAAAUAAUAUUCAAGACCUGCUUAGCCCAACCAUUUGCACAAUCCCUGUUCGCGUGAGAUUGUAUGGAGACAUGAGAGUCGACAAUUUCCUUCAAGCAAUUCAAAAUCAAAGUAUCGAUGCGAUGCCUUAUGAGAACUACGGCCUCCAAAAUAUCCGAAAGAUCAACUCCGAGACGCAGCAUGGAACGAGAUUCCAGACACUCUUCAUCGUCCAUCCGCCAAACAAUAGGAGCCUUCCCCAUAGGCAGUCACUCUCCACACUCAGUGCAUCCGAACAAAAGCUUAAGACUCAGUUGGAAAACAUUAAUCUGAGUUCCUCCCUAUCCAGCUUCAAUGAAUAUGCUUUGAUGAUCACUAUUCAACAAGAGAGCUCAAAUCUUGAAGUAGAGGCCAAUUAUGACUCAAACAUACUCGAGGCGUGCCAAAUUGAAUUACUUUUAGAUCAACUUGCACACUUGACCCAGGAGAUUUCCCGAUCAGAAAACAUGACAAAAAAGCUGAAAGAGAUCCGAUAUGCCAGUGAUAGCGAAUUGGAAACAAUCUGGGAGUGGAAUGCUGCUGAACACAGGCCAAAGCGGAAGCUUGUUCACGAACUAAUCAAUCAAACCAUUGGCGCUUCCCCUGAAGCAACGGCCAUCAGAGCUUGGGACGGCAGCCUGGUUUAUAAAGAGCUUGACAGGUUAGCAGCACGAAUUGAGGGAAAACUCCGACGACAAGGGGUUGGCAGAAAUGAUAUUGUACCCAUAUGCAUGGAAAAAUCCAUGUGGACAACCGUUGCUAUGCUCAGCAUCCUGAGAGUUGGAGCAGCCUUCGUGGUGAUGGAUGUUCGGCAUCAACCAAAGAAGCGUCUACAGAUCAUUGCUCAGGAAGUCAAGGCCAAGUGUAUUGUUACAACUGGUCCUGCGACGGCAUUGGCAGGAGAGCUCGUAAAAGAUAUUAUAAUCUGUGACAACCUGUCGGACGAUAAUGAUGAUGAUACCAUUUCUUCUAUAUCUGAGGGAAGCUAUAGUUCCACUUCAGACAUUGCUUUUAUAGUGUUCACUUCUGGAAGCACAGGGAUCCCCAAGGGUAUCAAAAUCACUCACGAGAACUUCACUUCGACCAUUGAAAUCCAUGCACAUAAGUUAAAGUUGUCAAGCGACUCAAAUAUCUAUGACUAUGCGUCUUAUAGUUUUGAUAUUGCAGUACAUAACUCGCUGAUGGCACUGACCUUGGGCGGUUGUCUCUGUAUACCUAGCGAGGAUGACCGUGAAAAUGAUAUUGAGGGUUCCUUUGAGCGGCUAGGAGCAAACUGGGUUGAUAUUACACCAUCCGUUGCAAAACUAAUCGAGCCAUCUGCAAUUCCUAGCCUAAAUACUCUCGUGCUUAGUGGUGAAGCAAUGACUAGAGAGGUGGUGGAAAAAUGGAGCACAAGAGUGGCAUUGAUAAAUGCCUAUGGCCCUGCCGAAUGCCAGAUCUGCACAAUCCAAGAAGAUGUUACGAACCCUACGCGGGCAUCCGAUAUUGGACGCGCUGUUGCUUGCUCAGCUUGGGUGGUCGAUCUUGAGAGUGGCGAUCUCUCCCCAAUUGGAGCUAUUGGCGAGCUUGUUAUUGAAGGGCCCAUCAUAAGUCCUGGUUAUCUCAAUGCAAGAGGUGACGCUUUCGUAAGCAAUCCUCCAUGGUUGCUAAGGGGAUCAUCGAAGAUUCCUGGAAGGCAUGGAACGGUUUACAGAACAGGGGAUCUUGUUCGAUAUCGACCCGAUGGUACACUCGUGUACGCUGGUAGGGCAACAGAUCAAAUCAAGUUACACGGCCAACGAGUAGAACUUGGAGAGGUGGAAUUUCAAGUUCGACAAGUAAAACGAGAUUCGGACGAGGUUAUUGUUGACUUGGUUGACUUCCAUGGAACGAGUUCGCUUACUGCUUUCUUUGCUUCACCUGCCAAGGAUCAGGCAGACAAUAAGAUUGGGAAUGUUGUCCAAGAUACAUUGCUGAACCUGCAACUUGAAAUUGUCCCUUCGGAUUUAUUGGUCAAACUGAGAAGUAUUCUUCCAGGAUACAUGGUUCCAGCAAUGUUCUUGAGGGCAUCUCAUCUACCUCUGACGCCUUCGCGGAAGGUAGAUCGACGGAAGAUGAAGAAACUCGCUUCGCAGAUACCCAGGGAUCUUCUCAUAGGGUUUGAGCAAGGAACCAAAAAUAAUGAUGAUGGAACAGACUUAAAUGAACGGGAAGUGGAAAUGCUUGACGUUUGGUCCCAGGUUUUGAAGCUUGAUAAGUCCCGAAUACAGCGACAAAGUGACUUUUUCCAACUAGGAGGAGAUUCUAUCUCAGCAAUGCGGUUGGUAAAGUACUGUCGUCUGAAAAGUUUGCUGUUCACACUGUCGGAUGUCUUUCGUCACUCUCAAUUCCAGGAGUUAUGCAAGCUUGCCAGCGACGCGGUGCAUGACAACAGUUGGCCCGAGACGACCUCCAAACUUGUUUCCCCAUUCUCGCUUUUGUCUAUCCACCAUAAAAACUCUCUUGUUUCAUUGGCAGCGAGUGCCUGCAGAGUUCCCGAAGAAGUAAUUGACGAUAUGUAUCCCUGUACACCGUUCCAGGAAGGAGUCUUUGCAAUGACUGCUGGAGAUUCUUCAGCUUAUGUGCAACAUACGGGAAUAAGAUUCAGCGAUCAGCUAGAUCUAGACAGAGUUCUCAUGUCGUGGGCUACAGUCAUUGAUAAAAGCCCCAUAUUGCGGACACGUCUCGUUCACGGGGAGGAAAGUGCAGUUCUAUUUCAGGUUAUCAUUAGACCACGGCCACAAGAAUGGAAGUGGUAUGACACCGUGGCUGACUAUUUGUCAGAGUCAAUGAAAGUACCAAUGGGCCCUGGAGAUCCUCUUUUCCGUCUCGGGUUGAUUCGUGCAGGCUCAACCUCUUUGAAUAGAUCAACACCCACUUUGAUAUGGACAAUGCAUCACGCAGUGUAUGACUCCUGGAGUAUGGAUUUAAUCCUUCGACAAGUGUCGGCACACUACCGUGCUGAGGAUCGUAUCUAUAUCAAUCCGAAUUACAAUUCUUUUGUAAAAUUUAUCCUUGACCAAGAACAAAAAAGUGCUCAAUGGUGGGGUUCCUAUCUCAGAGGGGCUUCAGAUGCAUCAAUAUUUCCCAAGGCACCCAUGGUUGAGAGCUUACAAAUGACUGAUAAAGUUAUUCGCAAAGAAUUUGUCUUCCCUGAUGCCCUUCCACCAGGGUACUCUCCAGCUGUACUCCUACGUGCUGCUUGGGCAAUAGUCAUGGCUCGACAUACUGGUGGUGAGAGGGUUUUGUUCGGCGAGACGCGCUUGGGCAGAAAUGUCAGCCUGGAGGGCAUUGAUGCACUGGUCGGACCAGCGAUUGCGUCAGUGCCUAUACUUGCGAGUGUGAACCGAGACCAGACAAUAUCUGCUUUCUUGACACAAAUCCGUGAUAUAGGCCUUGAGGUACAGAAUUUUGAGCACCUUGGUAUACAGAAUAUCCGACGCAUCAGUGAAGACGCAAGAGCCGCUUGCAACUUCCAGACCCUCCUGGUUUUCUUAGAAAAUAAGGAUAGGGUGGAUGGUGAUUCCUUAUUUCAUGUCGAUGAAACAAUGGAUGACAUUCGGAAUUUUAACAGCUACUACUUACUGCUCUACCUCAGUUUGAGCAAGAGCCGCUUCGUCAUUGAAGCGGUUUUCAAAGACUUCACCGUCGACCAGGGCAUGGUGGAACUGCUUCUGGACCAAAUAAAUGUGAUUCUAUCGAACUUCAGUACAUUACCAUCACAAGCCUUAAUCCAAGAGCUUGAUACGGCAAGUGAUUAUGACUUGGCUAAGAUCUGGAACUGGAACGCAAUGCCAUCAGAUUCCGUGGAUAAAUUCGUCCAUGAUCUUAUUUCACACAAAGCAAGAGAAAAUCCAGAUAAGCUUGCUGUACAUGGGCAUGAUGGGGAAUUUACCUAUCAACAACUAGAUGAUUACUCAACGUGUCUAGCCAGUCUGCUCAGUUCAAGGGGUAUCGGCCUAGGCUCAAUUGUGCCAAUAUGCUUCGAGAAAUCCGCCAUCGUCCCAAUCGCUAUGUUAGCUGUCAUCAAAACCGGCGCGGCAUUCACUGUGAUGGAUGUAACUUAUCCGGAGAACAGGCUCAAGAGUAUUACAUCGGCCGUUAAGGCUCAACUUAUUCUCUCAAGUCCAUCACAAGUACAGCUAGCAGAACGGCUUGCUGAUAAAGUUUUCCUGGUAGACAAAUCAACCUUUUCAACAAAUGUGCCUGAAGCCCUUCAGGAAGUCUCACAAGACACAAACAGACUGAUGUAUAUUUGUUUUACCUCUGGGAGUACCGGAGAACCAAAAGGCGUGAUGGUCACUCAUCGAAACCUUGCAUCAGCAGCUGUCGCACAAACCCAGGCCCUCGAUUUUGUCCCAGAAGAUCGAAUAUAUGAUUUCUCUUCCCAUGCUUUCGAUGCUAAUAUCUGGCACUUCUAUCUGGGAUGGGUGGCCGGUGCGUGUGUUUGUAUACCUUCCAAUGAAGAGCGAAAAGAAAACCUGGCAGGAAGUAUUACGUCGUUUAGGAGUACAGCAUUGUUUUUGACACCAUCUGUGGCCCGCUCUCUUAACCCGCAGGAGGUUUCCACUGUCAAGAGGCUGUAUCUAGGUGGCGAGGCAGUAACACCUUUGGAUGUAUCUAUGUGGAAGGAUCACCUUGACUUAUGGGGUGCCUACGGACCAACAGAGACGACACCUCUGUGUAUAUUCACACGUCUUCGGUCCCCCGACAAUGCCUCCAAUAUUGGGCGUGGAGUAGGCGUAAGGUCAUGGAUAUGCAAUCCAAAUGGUGGUGAGCUUGUGGCGAUCGGUGCUGUUGGUGAAAUGGUCAAUGAGGGUCCUCUCGUUACGAAUGGAUACUACAACAGACCUGAAAGGACCGCUGCAGUGUUCAUUGAGAAUCCCAAGUUUUUGCAACGUGGACAUGGCCAUAUAUCUGGGCGCCCUGGGAGACUUUAUCGGACCGGUGAUUUGGUAAGGUACUGCUAUGAUGGCACGAUACAGUAUCUUGGGCGUGCAGACACCCAGGUCAAGCUGCGUGGUCAGAGAGUUGAGUUUGGUGAAAUCGAAUAUCAAAUGAAACACGCACUUCCUGAAAUGACAUCUGUAUGUGAUGUUGUGGUGCACCCCAGUUCUAAAAGGCCCAUGCUUGUUGCAUUUUGCGCAAGUCCUUAUUGGAAAAUUCCAAUAGACAAGAAGGCUUUGCAAAUGCAUCUUGGUAAGUGUCUUCCAUCAUACAUGGUACCUGAAUUCUUUUUUACCCUCAGUGAUAUUCCUAAAAACCCUUCCGGAAAAGUCGAUCGCCUCAAAUUACGAGCGAUGGGAGUUUCAAUGAUGCAGGAAUCAAGCUCUCAUCAAGAAAAGGUCAGCAUAGAAUGUGUUUAUGGCCCUUUGACAGAGAUGGAAAGUCGCUUGGCAGGGCUUUGGAUCACGGCCCUGGGAGAUUCACCCACAAUCAUAGGCCCAGAAAGCGAGUUUGCCGAUGCCGGGGGUGAUUCUAUUGCUGCCAUGAAGUUGUCCAACCUUGCUCGCAAGCACGAGCUCAGCUUAACAGUCAGGGAUAUACUGGGGAACUCGAGGUUGUCAGCAAUGGCUCUUGCUAUGACCGCAAUUGAUAACACUGGUUCCACUUACAAAGCCUUUUCUCUAUUGGAUGCAUCACAAAGAGACGUGCUUAGGUCUCGCGCAGCGAGAAUUUGCAAUAUUCCCGUCGGGUCGAUUAUGGACAUCUAUCCUGCGACGCCGCUCCAAACCGAAGUAUUCGCCCUGACGAUGAAGCAGCCACAGGCAUAUAUGAAAACUUCCGCUUUUGAGGUUCCGUCCCAUCUCGAAUUUCAAAAGAUUAUCCAGGCCUGGAAUGUUGUUGUAGAAAGAAAUCCAAUUCUACGAACUCGAUUCGUGCAAUUGCCAUCUGGGGAUUUACUCCAGGUUGUUGUGAAAGGGCACGAAUGGAAACAAUAUGAUCGUGUCGACUCUUAUACCAAAGCGUCCAUGCUUGAUAGCCUAGACCUCGGAAAACAACUAUCACAUUUAGCCAUAAUUCGUCAGGACUCGGUGAUCAAGAUUGUUUGGACUGUCCAUCACGCUCUAUACGAUGAAUGGUCCAUAUUAAUCCUGGAGGAUCAGCUGAGAAGAGCAUACAAAGGUCACCACAUAAGAGAGCCACCAGCGUAUGCCAAUUUUAUUGGAUAUUUGUCUUCACAAAACAAAGCAAAAGCUGUGGAAUAUUGGAAAAAUCGUCUAGCCGGUGUUACUCCAGCAUCUAUAUACCCGAAAUUACCAUCAAGACAUCAUCUCGUACGGCCGUCCGCUGUGUACAACCGUACUUUGAAAUAUACUGGCGCACAUCGCGGCAACCUACAAGCCAAGGUGUACGCAUCUUGGACUCUGAUUGUGGCUAAACUAAUGGGAUCAGAUGAUGUCCUAUUUGCUUCCACAUUGACCGGCCGAAAUAUUCCAGUGAAAGGCGUUGAGCAGAUGGUGGGCCCUAUGAUCACGCCAGUUCCGAUCCGAGUUCGUCUGGGUACGAUCAAGCAGCGAGUCGAUGAUUUCCUGACUAUGAUUCAAAAUGAGAUAACGGAAAUGGCCCCAUUUCAGCACGUUGGAACACGAGAUAUUCAAAGCAUCGAUCAGGAUACGCAGGCCGCCUCGAAAUUCCAGACCCUCAUUGUCAUGACACCUGCGAAAGAAAAUGAGGAUCAGACUGCGGAGCACCUCACAACAUCUAAUUCUGAGUUAGAGAACUUUAAGGGUGAUAGCUUUCACACCUUUGCUCUAGUUCUGUUUUUGUUCCCCAAAAAAUCGUGUAUUGAUCUCCAAGUCGUGUUUGACCCUGACGUGCUCCACAAACGCGAAAUCGAACGCCUUAGUGGUAGACUGGAAAAAGUUAUGAUUGAUAUGGAUGAAAUGAAAUAUAUUUCGUCUAUCGAUUGUGUUAGUAAGGAAGACGUGGAUGAUAUAUGGAAAUGGAACUCCACCGUGCCGAUCGCUUCAUCUCAGUCUCUUCAUGAAGCCAUCGUUGCAGGAGGGAAGGGUCGCUCAGAUAAAGUUGCUAUUGACGCCUGGAACAUUCGAAUAACUUAUGCACAACUUGAAGAGCUCUCAGAUAAUCUUUCCGUGACAUUACUGGGACAGGGUGUCAGGAAGGGGUCAGUUGUUCCACUGCUUUCGCACAAGUCAGGUUACGUGCCCGUUGCGGCAUUGGCCAUCCUCAAGUCUGGAGCAGCUUUUAUGCCACUGGAUGCCAGUCUGCCGCUCAAUCGAAUCAAAGAGAUAGUCGAUCAAGUAAAUCCAGAGUUCAUCCUGGCUGCUGACUCAACUCACAACAUUGCUACUAAGCUGCAGCUGCGUGUAAUCAGUAUCGAAGGCUCUCUCAAAAGCACAACGAGAGCAACGAAUUCUUUGCAGCGAGUUAUUCAGAUUGAGCCGGAUGAUAUUGCAUGCGUUCUUUUCACAUCUGGGAGCACUGGAAAACCCAAAGGUGUAAUGCAAACCCAUCAAUCUUUGUCCUCUGCAAUCAUACAUCAAUCGACAGACACUGGCUUCAAUGAGAAUGCCAGGGCGUUUGAAUUUGCAUCUUACGGGUUUGAUGUAAGUUGGAAUAUGAUUUUCAAAGUACUGGCAAGGGGGGGUACCCUCUGUGUUCCAAGUGAUGAUGAGAGAAACAAUGAUUUAACCGGUGCUCUCAAUCGCUUCCAAGCCACACUAACUGAGCUAACUGCCUCUGUUGCUCGUCUGAUCAACCCCGCGGAUCUUACCACACUUGAGAAUAUCAUACUUUCUGGUGAACCAGUGGACCUACGUGAAUUCGAUCAUUGGAAACCAAAGGUUCGCUCAGUCGUUUGCUAUGGACCUUCUGAGUGCACGUCAGUCUCAACUAUAAACAGAGGAGACAGCGGCCAAGCAAACAAUAGGGGAAUCGGCAAGGGGUCUGCCUGCGUCACAUGGCUAGUCAAUCCAAAUAAUCACCGGCAAUUGAUGCCAGUAGGAGCUGUUGGGGAAAUUCUCAUCCAAGGCCCGAUCGUUGGCAAGGGAUACUACAACAAUGAUCCACUGACGAGGGCUUCAUACACUUAUGAUCUGCCUUGGCUGCACGCUGGUAAUAGCGUCGUGUCUAGUCGCUCAUUCAUAUCUGGCGAUCUCGCAACCUAUGACGCUGAUGGAAACCUUCAUUUUGUGUCUCGCAAAGAUCUCCAAGUAAAACUACACGGACAAAGGAUAGAGCUUGAAGAAGUCCAAUACCAUGUUCGUUCGAUAUUGGGAGACCUCCCCGUUAUCGCAUGUGUUUUCAACGAUCCGGCUAAAGGUAAUGCGCAAAAGCUUGCAAUAUUCAUAUGUGAGAAACGUGCGAUCAAAGAUCAGCAGAAAUGCGAAUUCACGUCUCCAGACCCCGCUACAGUUGGGAUUGUCGUAACUCUCGACGAGAAGCUCGGAUUAAUUGCCCCCAAGUACAUGAUUCCAUCGGUUUACUACUUUAUUACAACCACUCCACGCACACCGAAUGGCAAAAUCAACCGCCAGAAACUAGUUGAAAUGGCUCUUGUAGCCCAACCAGACCAGAUAUACCACGGGAGGACUUCCCAACAGACAACUGGCAGGAUGCCAAAUUCUGAAAAUGAAAUCACAAUGCAGCAAUUAUGGGCCAUAGCGCUACGAACAAGUGAAAAUAUAUCGGCCGACGAUGACUUUUUCCAUCUCAAUGGAGACUCCAUAAGUGCUAUGAGACUUGUUGCGGCGGCGCGAGAUCGAGGUUUCGUUCUCAACGUUGCGACUAUUUUUGACAACCCGAAGCUUUCCGAUCUUGCCCUAAAACUAGUUUCAACUAGGACAUCACACUUAACCAUGAAGCCAUUUGACUUACUUGAUGAUGGUGUGGAUACAACCGACAUACGCGGAGAAGUUGCAGUUAAAUGCGGAAUACGGGAUCCAGAUGAUGUCGAAGACGUUUACCCUUGUACGCCUUUACAGGAGAAUAUGCUAGCCGGCACGAUUAGAGACUCCCAUGCAUUUAUUAGCUUGAGACUAUAUCACGUUCCCAAGCAUGUUGAUCUCCAAAGGCUACGCGAUGCCUGGAUGUCGGUUGUAAAGAAACAUCCGAUUUUGCGGACUCGACUGGUUGACAUAGAAAAACAUGGCCUGAACCAGGCUGUGAUUCGAGUGCGAGAUGAUAGCGAUCUCUGGGGCUACUCCGAUAUGGAAACUUUUCUUAAAGAAAAUCUGGAGGAAAACAUGGGCCUAACAACGCCGUUGACUCGCUGGGCUCUGAUUAAAGAGCAGGAUGAGCAUAGAUUAGUUUGGAAAAUUCACCAUGCUGUAUACGAUGGCUGGAUGUUGCCGCUGAUUGAAGAUGAGGUGAACAAGAACUAUCAUGGCAUGGAGUCCGAUACGUACCUUGAUAUACGGCCAAUCGUGAAAUACAUUAUUAAGGAGCCAAAGGACGCGUCUAUCUCAUUCUGGAGUCGAGAACUGGCAAGUGCCGAGCAGAGUAUUGUUUUCCCGUCUUUUCCUCACCAAAGCAAAAACGCGCAUCCCUCGGCAUACCUAGAGAAAGAUCUGAUAAUGAGUACUGCUCCACAGAGCCGCCAGAUCAAUAUAUCAGCUCUAUUGUACGGAAGUUGGUCUGUGGUAGUGUCGCGACUCACAGGGAACUCCAAAAUCAGGUUCGGCUCUAUUCUUACAGGGCGCAAUGCACCAGUCGAUGGCAUCGAACGGGUUAUGGGACCAACAAUCACAACUAUUCCAAUUUUGAUCGAUGUGAACGGCAGUUCCACAGUACAGGACUACAUGCGGCAGAUACAAGACAUGAAUAUCCGCAGAAUACCUCAUGAGCAUUUUGGUAUCAACGCUAUCCGGCGUAUCAAUAAUUCAUGUAAGACGGCUUGUGAUUUCCAAACAGUCCUAGUUAUUCAACCUAGCACUGAGAGCGCCCAAAAUCAAGCCUCCGCAAACGAUCAAGCAAUUCUUGAGGAACUGGACGAGACAACGGUGGAGGGAUUUCCAGAUCAAUAUUCAGUCUUGAACCAGUAUGGCUUGAUGCUAGAACUUUUGCCAAAUGGCAAUAAGAUGAAAGUACGAGCCAGCUUUGAUUCUAAGGUUAUCUCUCAUUUGCAACUAGAAAGGAUUCUUGCAAUGUGGGAGAUUACUAUCCAGCAUAUGAUGAAAACUUCAAAUCAUCAGUCCAUUUCGGUGGGGUCACUGAAUUCCCUCUGUGACGAAGAUCUUCGAGGUAUUUGGAAGCGGAACGAAAUUCCGGUGAAUCCAGCCACUACAAAAUUUGUCCUUGAGACAAUAUCUGAGAUCGCACUGAAGCAGCCCAAUGCUCUUGCUAUUGACUCAUGGGAUGGCCAGUUGACGUAUGAAAAGUUGGAUAUGGCUUCCUCGCUGCUGUCUGACCGGCUUCUCUCCAUGGGUGUCGGUCCUGGUUACUUCGUUCCCCUCAUCUUCCGAAAGUCAAUGUGGACGAACGUUUCAAUGCUUGCAGUUAUGAAAUCUGGAGCCGCAUUUGUUCCUCUUGAUGCAGAUCACCCUGAAGGCCAUCUCAGAGCUAUCAUGCAACCUCUUAAUGCGGAGAUAAUCUUAUGUGAAGCGUCAACUCGGGACCGGGCUUCUCGACUUGCCCGUUGUACAAUAAUAGUGGACGAUGAGGUAAUCCCCCAUAUUCGGGACCGUAUCAAACCAGAAUCUUUAGCAUAUGCUGUAUUCACUUCCGGCAGUACUGGAGCCGCCAAAGGAGUCAUGAUCAGUCACGAGAACCUUGCAACGGCUAUUCAUUACCAAGCUGGAGCUGGAGCCUAUGGGAUUAACAAGGACAGCAGGACGCUGGAUAGUUCGUCCUAUUCGUUUGAUGCCUGUGUUUGCAACUUUUUCUACACUGUCACACAAGGAGGUUGUCUGUGCAUACCCAGGGAUGAUUCCUUACGAGGAGAUCUUGGGUCAUUCAUGCAGCAAUAUAAAGUAAAUUGGGCACAGCUAGUGCCUUCAGUUGCUCGCACUGUCGAUCCCGCAAUGUUGACGGACUUGGAAACCCUCGUUCUUACGGGUGAGCCAUUGACAAAGGGUGACAUUGAGACCUGGUGUCACAGAGUCCGACUGAUUAAUGCGUAUGGCCCAACCGAAUGUACUAUCCUGUGCUCUGUUUCGCCCAGAAUAACCGGCGGUUCUCAGCUUGGACAUAUUGGCUGUGGAAGUGGAGCAAAUUUAUGGCUGACAGAAAUUGGUAACCCCAGAAAAUUGGCACCAAUUGGUGCUGUUGGAGAGAUUUUGAUUGAGGGUCCAAUUAUUGGUGCUGGAUAUCUCGGGCCGUAUGAAUUCCCUAUCGUGGAGGAUCCCCCAUGGCUCAUUGCAGGAAUGGAAGGAUCUCAUGGCCGUUCAGGUAGACUUUUCCGCACAGGCGACCAGGCAAGAUAUACGGAUGAUCUACAAUUGGUAUUCAUGGGCCGAAUUGGGGCAGAGAUAAAACUACGAGGUCAAAGAGUUGAUCUCUUUGCAAUUGAGGAUACCAUUCGACGCCGAAUUUCAAACCAUUGGGAAAUUGCUGUUGACAUUGUGCAUCUAACCUUGGGUCAAAGUGGUGGCGAAUACGAGAGGCAAACGUUGGUCAUUUAUGUAUGUGACAAGAAAUUGGAGCUAUGUUCCCCUUCAGACCGCUUGGAGGGCUUUGGAAGCGCGCUCCAGCCCAUUAUUUCGGAUCUCAAAGCGUACUUCGACACCUCAAUGCCAUCAUAUCUACAGCCAGAAGCCUUUGUGCCAAUAUCAUUCAUGCCGAAAACUAGUUCUAGCAAAACAGAUCGCCGCCGUCUGAAAGCUAUGGGGACCCAGUUGCAAUUGCGGGAUCUCAUUUGGAUUACAGGAGACAUGAUGGCGAAAACUUCAACCCCGCUCAACACACAGAAAGAAAAGACCCUUGCUGAUCUAUGGUCUGAACUUCUUGGUGUUAAGUACGAAUCGAUAUGCAAGGAAGAUGACUUUUUCAAGUUAGGCGCCGAUUCACUGGCAGUCAUGAGAUUGACGACAAAGGCUCAUGAGAAGGGAUUUGAGCUGAAGCCUGGUGACGUGUUUUCAUGUUCUAACCUUGAACGACUAGCAGAUAAGAUGGUUGAGGUUUCGACAAUUUUGAUCAAGUCUCGUGCAUACGAGCGCUACAGCCUUGUUCCGGGGAUCCAGGAUAUUUGGGCAUUUACCAGUGAACUUAUUGCGCCCACAUUGGGUAUUGCACCCGACGAGGUGGAAGAUAUUCUUCCCGCAAAUGGCUUCCAAGUCGACUACAUCGUAAACAGUGAAGAGCCGUUAGGACUUCAGUAUGCUUAUAUUGAUAUAGAGCCCGAAGUUUUGUGGCCAGACCUUGUCAACGCGUUUCGCACGGUCAUACAGGCAUUUGAGUGCCUUCGCGCCCGAUUCUACUGCCAAGAAGGACGCUACUAUCAAAUUAUACUAAAAGAGGCACCCUUGAUUGUGGAAGAGAUCGAGUCAAGAGGCCAAAUAACAACAUUUUUUAAUCAGUUUUGUGCUGAUGAUUGUCGCAAAGCAAAACUUACGGACAUUUUCAGCAAGAUUACUCUGGUAUCUGACGGCCACCGCCGACGUGUGAUUCUACGACUUUCCCAUAUGCAAAACGAUGGAUGGUGUACUAUUCGAAUCUUCACGAACAUAGCAAAUGUCUUCAAUGGCUUGGAAGUUGAGAAUACGUUGAAGUGGACGAAUCUACUAAGUUACCGUCAAGCGAUAGGGUUCGAAUCUCGUGAAUAUUGGAAUGAGGUUUUGCGUGACACUACCCGGUUGACCCCAGGACUUGUCUACAAACCGAAGGAAGGAAAAGUCCGGACGCUUCGAUCCUACGCUCUGCCAAACUUUCAUAUCUCUACUGAAAACCGGCGCACACGACCGACUGUGGUGGUUAAUGUGGCUUGGGCGCUCGUCCUUCAGAAGCUGGCAGGACAUGAUGAUGUGAUUUUUGGAAAUGUUACUACAGGGCGCAAUGGCUCUCUACCAGGACUCGAUACCGUGAUUGGCCCAUGCGUAAACAUGCUGCCCAUGAGACUUAGAUUGCAAAAUCGACCUAGUCUCAGUCGUCGUGCAUAUCUACGAAGCCUUAUCGAGGCUUCGGCUCAACAAGUAGACCAGCGUACGGCGUACGAAGGACUUGACUGGGAAGAGACUGUCAAUGAAUGUACCAAGUGGCCCUCUGGCUCACGGUACUCUUCCGCUGUCCAUUUCCGCAAUAUGGCAUUUGAACCACAGCUCACACUCGGAAAAAGCAAGGUCAAUUUUGCUUGGUAUGAGUUGGUUGCUGAACCACAUUGGACUACAGUUUUGGUUUAUCCCGAAGAGAAUGUUUUAAGGUUGUGGUUAUUGGCCAACCCGGCAGAGAUUGGUGACGAUGGUGCAGACGAGAUACUACACAUGCUCGCCGAAUACUGUGAUGAGAUUGUUGAUUCAUUAUGCGAGCAAUGA